GCUGCUUUUGCUUGUCAUAGACUGGUUCUGUUAAGUGAGGACAUGGGGAGCAAUUUCAGCAGGCAGAUGUGUUGUGUGGCUUGUGGGAGGUGCAUGAAGCAGGAGGCAGAAGAUGGCACUGAAGAGACCAGUGAGACCAAGCCGAUCUUGCAGGUGUCAGGGGAAACAUCAACGUGCAUCAACAAGCAGCCUCCCACCCAUGUCCUGGAUGCCUCCCAAAGAGGCCCUGCAGAGGUGCAGUCGUGGUGCCAGGACCAGAGGCUGCAGCCUGGCUCUGCUGAGGACAGCAGAGACACCUGCCUGGAUUCAGAGACCGGGGGACUGACUGAGGCUCAGAAGGCAGCUUGGGACUCUGCAGAUUUCUUGAUGGCCUCUGCAGUUACAGAGACUAAAGGAGAAGCCGCAACCUUAACCCAGUUAGAAAACCUGUGGCAAAGGGAGGAAGUAGGUAGCACAGAGGAGAGAGAACCCAUUCCUCAGGCUUUUGAUGCCCAGCUGCUUUUAUACACAGCUCAGGAUGCUAAGCUUACUGCAGAUAUAGCUCAGGCGGAACAGGGCAGUGAGGAUGCCCUUUGUGCUGAAACAAGUCUCCGAGAAGCAGACGUGCUCCAGCUCAUGCAGACCACUGGUGAGACUGCGGCCAGCCCCAGCUGGGAGAUCCAGCCUCCUGCAGAGACUGGGGAGAGGCUGGUGGGAGGGAGCCCGUCCCCRGGUGCUGUGCUGGUGGUAGAGGAGGCUGAGACCUGCCCUUGUGAUGAGCAUCUAGAAGACACAGAUGUGGCCAAGUCCCCUGAGACAGGGUCUGAGCUCAUUGAGGGGGCCAAGCUUAUGUGUCCCUCUGAGACAGCACUUCCACCUGCUAUGGAGGCUACACGGGAGACCAGGGAGAUGGUGGAUCCCUUGGAAGUCCUACCAAAUGACAAGGCUGGAGAGCAGCUUGCUUCCGUGGACUCCUUUGAGUCGCUGUAUUUGGGGGAGAAGUCUCCAGAGGCAGCAAACCAGCUUCUGGGCAUCCUAUGGCAAGAGGCCCUGCCUAGUGUCCUGACUGCUGAGGAGGGGCAGGGCCCAUGUUGUAYGGAGGCUGCCGAACCAGGGGAGGCUUUUUGCCCUUUGGAUGACCGAGAGACAGUUCCCUGGGAUCUGAUGGAAGAUGAAGAGAUGAGGGAAAGGGAUCCAAAAACAGCAGCGGCUGAGGCAGAGCAGCAGCAGACAGUCAUGCAGCAAAUCAUGGAUGAAAUGUUACCUUGCACAGAGAUCUCUGUGGAAGAAGCAGAGUCCCUGAAUGUGGCACCCUUGCUCUCUGAAGUACAUGGAGUGGAGGAAAAGUAGAGGUUGAGAGUGCUGAAGUGUGAGAUCUGAGAUACUGACCUAGGCAAGGAUGGUAUACCUGCCUUUCUGGAAUUUCAUACAAAAGAAGCUUCUAACUCGAGCUAUWAAAUGGAGUUUGUUAAAAUCUGUCCUGGACUCUAGAGGAUUAUCUCACCAAACUAGAGUUAUAUGAAUUAUGCACUAAAUAUUCCCAGAUGUUCUGCUGAGUUAUAGCUUGGUUAUUUCUAUUUUUCCCUCCUUUGAGUUUCCCUUAUGGCUUAUUGGGAGGGAAGUCAUUCACUUAAGCAGCUGUGACAAACAAAUGGUGGGCCUCAGUGCAGUAUGGUGAGAGCAAUUUUCUUGUCACAAUCUUACCUUAAGUGCAGGACUAGAGCAGACAAGUGCCCGUUUGCUCCAGAUCAGCCAGGAGUUAGAACAACCUGAACAACCACUACCCUUCUAUUGGUGCCCACUUGUGCUGGAGCCCUGUCCUGAACACUUCUGCCGUGGGAGUGAUAGCUGCCGCAUUGCUAUCAAAAUGGAACAAGUAUCUUUACAGGAAGGCAAUGAAAUAUUACUUCUGAUUUCUGUUUUGCAUCUCUUAUGGAUAGUAGAAGUUUUGUAUGUUUAUGUAUAAGUUUAAAAAAUGUAGUCACCAUCAGAAUGCAUAAGUCAGUGUA